AGUUCCUUUUCUGCUAUUUAUUUUCUUGGGUUUUCAAUUUUCCUGGGUUUCCUUUCUCUGUUUCUCGCCAUCUCCUCCGUAUUCGCCCUUAAAGAUCGAAACUUUUUCCCCGAACCCAAAGUUUUGAUCUUCCUCUCUCCGACUUUCCCGGCCUCAAGCCUCUCUGCUCACCAGUUUGGUACUGUUCGAUUGUAUCUCAGAUUCCUCUGUGUCGUUGCCAUGGCGGAUAAAGACCCAUCGGAUAAUUUCUCUUCCCAUAAACACCCUUCUCCUCCCCAGGUUUUGGAGGAGCUGAGGGAGCUCUGGGCCAUGGUCCUGCCCAUCACGGCGAUGAACUGUCUGGUGUAUCUACGCGGCGCCCGUCUUGGCAGCCUGGAGCUCGCCGGAGGCGCACUGUCAAUCGGCUUCACCAACAUCACCGGCUACUCUGUUCUCGUCGGAUUGGCGUCGGGGCUCGAGCCUGUCUGCAGUCAAGCCUACGGGAGCAAGAACUGGGACCUCCUCUCGCUCUCUCUCCACCGAAUGAUCGUGAUCCUACUGAUCGCAGCCGUGCCCAUCAGCCUGCUGUGGCUCAACCUCGGCCCAAUCAUGCUGUUCAUGGGUCAGGACCCAGACAUCACGGGCACGGCCGCAGAGUAUUGCAUCUACUCGCUCCCCGACCUCCUAACAAACACUCUGCUCCAACCUCUGAGGGUCUUCCUCCGGUCGCAGCAGGGGACGAAGCCGAUGAUGUGGUGCACACUGGCGGCCGUAGCGUUCCACGUGCCGCUCAACUACUGGCUGGUGAUGGUGCUGAGAUGGGGGGUGCCGGGGGUGGCAGUGGCGGCGGUGAUGACGAAUCUGAUAAUGGUGGGGCUGAUGGUGGGGUACGUGUGGGGAAGCGGGAGGUGGAGGAGUAGGCCGGAGAGGGUGGAGGCGGUGGGGGAGGGGAUAGGGCCGUUGAUGAAGAUGGCGGUGCCGAGCUGCUUGGGGAUAUGCUUGGAGUGGUGGUGGUAUGAGAUCGUGACGGUCAUGGGUGGGUAUCUGGAUAAGCCCAAGCUGGCGGUGGCUGCCACCGGUAUAUUGAUUCAGACGACCAGUCUCAUGUAUACCGUUCCGAUGGCUCUCGCCGGCUGCGUCUCCGCUCGGGUGGGGAACGAACUAGGAGCAGGGAGGCCGUACAAGGCGAGGCUAGCGGCGAAUGUGGCGUUGGGAUGUGCGUUCGUGAUAGGAGGAGUGAACGUGGUGUGGACGGUGGUACUGAGAGAGAGGGGGGGGGAGCCGCUCAAGGCCUUAGUGGCUUCGGUCAUGCCCAUUCUCGGCCUGUGCGAGCUCGGCAACUGCCCUCAGACCACUGGCUGUGGGAUCCUGAGGGGAACUGCCCGGCCUGCGGUUGGGGCCCACGUGAACUUGGGCUCGUUCUACUUCGUGGGGACACCCGUGGCGGUGGGGCUAGCCUUCUGGCUGAAGAUAGGGUUCAGUGGACUGUGGUUCGGGCUGUUGUCGGCGCAGGCAGCGUGCGUGGUGUCCAUAUUGUAUGCGGUGUUGGUUCGGACGGACUGGGAAGGGGAGGCCGUGAGGGCUAUGAAGGUUACGAGCCUCGAGUUGAGACAUGUCGACGUGGAGAGUCAUGAAGGCUCGUUUUUGUUGUCUCGAGAAGCUAGUAACUGUGACGACGAUGACAUCUUGUAAUAAAUAAUAGACUUUUGAGUUUUGAGGGGCGUUUUGGUAUUUUUCUUCCCCGCGACAGUGAUGGGUUUUGUUUUGGGUGGCGUGGGUCUGGAUUUUAAUUUCUGUGGGAUUGCGAUUUAACCUAAAAAACAACGAGGUUUUUGUUUUUAAGAAAUGAAUA